AUGGUGGGGGGUUUGAGGGUUUGUGGUGGGGUUGGGAUAUGGGGGGGAGUAGGGGGGUUUAUGGUGUUUGGGUGGGGGAGGGGUAUGUGGGGGUGGGGGGUUGUUAUGGGGAGGGGGGGGGGGGGGGGGGAUAGGGGGGUGUGGUUAUUAAAAAAGGGUAUGGGAAAGUGUUGGGGAAGAGUUGAUGGGGUUGGGUGGGAGAUAUGGGGGGGAGGUGGUGGGGUGGGGGGGGUUUGGGGGGGGGGGGGGGGGGGUUGGGGGGUUUUGGGGGGGGUGGGUUGGGGGGUGGAGGGGGGGGGGGGGUGGGUUGGGGGGGGGGUUGGGGGGGGGGUUGAGGGGGGGGUGUGGGUUGGGGUGUUGGUUUUAUGUUUUGAAUGUAUGAAAGAGGAGGGGGAGGGAGGGGGGAAAGAGUUGGGGGGGGGGGGGGGGGGGGAAAAGAGUGUUGGGGGAUUUUGGGAUAGUGUGAGUGGGUUUGAUUGGGGGGGGGGGGGGGGGGGGGGGGGGGGGAAGUGGAUUAUAUGGUUAGGUUGUUUUGGGAUGUAUGUUAUGUUUGUGGGAGUAGGGGUGGGGGGGGUUUGGGGGGGGGUUGAAUUGGGGGUGGUGGGGUUUUUGGUUGUGGGGGUGGUGUAUUUGGUUUGGUGGGAAGGGGGGGGGGGUUGGGUGAUGGGAGUGGUGGGUUGGGGUGGGGAUUUGGGUUGGGGUGUUUGGGGGGGUUAUAGAGAGGGGGUGAGGGGUUGGGGGGGGGAGAGGGGGGGGGUGGGGAGAGUUGGGAUGGGGGGGGGUGGGUGA